AUGACCUCCGACUCAGAAACAGCGGCGGCCGACCCGGCAGAGGCCCUCUGGCUGAUCCCACCGGAACCGACAGCAGACGAGCAGUUCAGUCUCGCGCAGGUGGUGGCCGGGUGUAAGGUGUACGCGAUCAAGGACGACGAGUGGCGGCUGGCAGAGAUUCUCGCCCUCCAGCGCAAGAAGGGCAAGCCCGUGUACUACGUGCACUAUGUGGAGUUCAACAAGCGGCUAGAUGAGUGGAUCGACGAGACGAAAAUUGACACGCACCGGCCGAUGUACCCUCCGAAGCCGCAGAAGGACAAGAAGGACAAGAAACAGACUCGCAAGAAGGUCGUCAAGAAGACGGCGCCCAAGUCCGAGACUCCGGAGCCGCAGCGCGCAACGAGCGAGCCCAACGAGGACGAAAUGGACCUGGACAACUUGAAUGUGCAAGGACUGGUGAAGGAAGGCGAGGAACUGAGCCGCGAGGAUGAGAUCGAGAGACUAAGGACGAGCGGGUCGAUGGCACAGACGUCGACGAGCGAGCUGGCGAAAAUCAGAAAUUUCAGCAAGGUCAUCAUUGGCAACCACGAGGUCGAGCCGUGGUACUUUUCGCCGUAUCCGGUCGAGCUCACCGAGGAAGAGUGUCUAUAUAUAUGUGACUUUUCGCUGUGCUACUUUGGGUCGCGCAAACAAUUCGAGCGGUUCCGUGCCAAGUGCACACUGAGCCAUCCGCCGGGAAACGAGAUAUACCGCGAUGAUUACGUGUCGUUUUUUGAGAUCGACGGCCGCAAACAGCGCACCUGGUGCAGAAAUCUGUGUUUGUUGUCGAAACUGUUUCUGGACCACAAGACGCUCUACUACGACGUCGACCCGUUUCUGUUCUACUGCAUGACCAGAAGAGAUGAAAAGGGCCAUCAUCUGGUGGGAUACUUCUCCAAGGAGAAGGAGAGCGCUGAUAAUUACAACGUUGCUUGCAUUCUCACACUGCCGCAAUAUCAAAGACAUGGCUACGGAAAAUUGCUUAUCCAGUUCUCGUACGAGCUCUCGAAAAUUGAGGGCAAGGUUGGCUCGCCCGAGAAACCGCUCUCUGACCUUGGCCUGUUAUCGUACCGAGCGUACUGGGCAGAAACCAUCUGUGCUCUGCUGGUGGAAAACGGAACCACCGACAUCAGCAUCGACGAGAUCUCUCAGCUUACAUCCAUGACAACGACAGACAUUUUGCACACGCUCCAGACGCUCAACAUGCUGCGGUACUACAAGGGCCAGCAUAUCAUCGUGCUCACCAACCAAAUUCUUGAGAACUAUGAGAAAUUGCAGCGCAAAAAAAGACACAAGCUGGACCCAUCCAAGCUGGUGUGGAAACCGCCCGUGUUCACGGCGUCGCAGCUGCGGUUUGGCUGGUGAUCAGUCCCAGGGAACCGUGUGUUUUGACAGGGCGCUCGCGGCCGCCGCGCUCGGAAUCUUGAUUCCGCAGCAGUCGCCCCACGUCGAGUGGUCGUGGCCGGCAUGCUCGUCGUCGUCGUCGUCGUCUGCAUGCUCCGAAAUGCCGUCGGGACAUUUCAAAAUGCUGCCAAAAAGGAAAUGCUGCACCACGGGCAGUUUGCCUAGCACCUCCGCCUUGUACAUCUUUAUCAUACCCUCCUCGAUCUUCGCCCACGACCUUACACCACUGAUGUCGUCCAGCAUUGGCGAGUGCCAUCUAAGCGAUUCUGCACCAGUUUUCACUUGGUUUAUAAAUGCAAUGCACCCAAAGUAUAGGUAUUUGUCCUUGAACUCUUCGACGUAGUCUUUCUGGUGGAUCGUAAGCGGCCGAGGACGCGAGAAAGGCGCCAGCUGCGCGGCGCCAAACAGGAACGGCAGGAAAUGGUAGUCAUCCAGUCCCCAAACGCCGUGUGACCCUGCUGGUUCGAGCCAGUAAAGCAAUUGCAAACGGCGCAUCAGUUUGAGGUACCUGUUGAAGAUGCGAAGAACGAGCCAUUUGAAGUCUGCGGGCUGGAAAAAUCCCAGCUUGUAUAAACAGAGGAGAAAACAUGCAAAGUUGAGCUCGUGUCCAGACCCGUAGUCGAUCCGCGUGCGGUCACCAAACGAGUUUAAGAGAUAACAACCAAGCUCCUCUGCGUGCUCCUCACCAACACAGUCUUGAACGAGGCCGGUGACUUUGGUGGCCAGCUCGUCGUAAAAAUCGCGGAACUCAGGCUUGCCAAACCGGCUGCUAGUGUCCUUCACGACGGGGUGAUUGUCAACAAUGCCGUUGAUUUUCUCCAGAAGCUGUAGAACCUUGCAAACCUUAUCGCUCAGAGAAUCGUCCGUGUACCCCAGUUCCAGGCCGUGCACAGACUUGGCCAGGUCCACCACAAAUUGCACCAUGUCAUUGUAUACGGAGCUGUGUUGGAACUUGGCCAGAUCGUCGGGCGUUCUUAAUCGUUUUGCG